UUUGCUGAUUCAGUAAUGAGGUAAAUGUGGACAAACGUAUUUCUUGAUUGAAGUCCUCUCCAUUUUUGUAUAAAAUGACACACAAAAGGGUUUUAUGGCAAAUGUCUUUGCUUCUUGUCAGUAGUACUACCCAAAUAAAUUGCAGUCCUUUGACCAUUUCGCAACCAAAACAAGCAGCUCAAGCCAGCAGUGACUGCGAUUAUCCGUUUCCGGCAUAUUGUUAUACAUGGAAUUCUCUGCCAUCCGACAAUGCGCUGAGCUGUGAUCUGGACAGCGUCCAGCAGACCAGCCCCAACGCAAUUCUGGAUCCUUGUCCUGGUUGGUUCCGGGCGCAUUCGCUGUAUCCGUACCAGUUCCAGAUCCUUCCAAACGAAAUGGCUUCCGAUUCGGGAGAAAAGAUAUACGCCCAAUUUGCACAGUCUAAAUGCUACGUCAAAGCAGCUCCCAAUUCUGCAUACCCAGACAGGAAAUCAGCCAUCUUGCGAUCGGCCGUAUUUCGACCGAAUGGAUGCGUGAAACUGCAGACCUCGUUCUGGUACCGGAUGUCUGCUGCGCCGAUUCUCACGGGUGACCGCGAUAAAGAUUACUUUCUGGAGUUGGUUAUGCAUCAUUCGGCAGAUAAUUCGCCGGGCUUCAUCCCGACCUGGCAGAUUUGGGGCAGCACCAGCGAUUACGCAGACUUUCCUGGUCCCAACGUGUGGAACAGGGUCCAAACGGAAUAUGCUGCGGAUGAUCAGUUUACCUUGAAUUUCUACGCUCACCACGGUGAUACCUGCAACACGACAUCCAUCGAUCUGGACGGCAUUGACACUAAAACUGCCGUAGUGGUACUGGUAAUUGGACAGUUUGGACCUGUUGACUGCCGACCUUCACCAACCUCUUCGUCAUCGGCUACGUCCACAUCCACCACCACUCCCGAAUCGGUACUGACAACAACUCCAGAAGUACACACCCACGAACCCGAUACGACUUCGGCCCUACCACCAUCCACCACAAUAACUCCGGCAUCGGAGCAAUGCGAAGUCGGCCCGGCGGUUAUCGCCCGCUGCAGCAACGGCAAGGUCAGCAUGCCCUCACUGCAACCGGACCUCAGCGACGCCAACACCGCCGUCUUUGCUGGUGAUAAUUCGUACCUGUGUCGAACACAUCUGCGCAGCUUGCAGAUGUGGUUGUUGGAAAAAGCCACCAAACAAUUAUCACCACACAAGCCGGUUGAAGUUACCUGUAGAAGAGGCGUACUGGAGUUUUCGCAGUCGGAUCCGGAUACGGCGGACGCUAUGGUGUUACAAUUUCGAGCGGUGUCCGUGGACAUGAAAUGCCGGAUCAUCUUCGCCGACUUUUUGGCGCAAUUAAUAUCUGUUAGCGCGAGCUUUUAUUGAAAAUUGUUGUGGUGGCAGUUGGCGAGAAUAGUAUCGUUAGCAUCGCUGUUACCCUUUUUACGUUUACCAUAAAAAUCGCUAAAAUUUGGAAUAAACUUCCUACAGUUAUGGAAUGUGACUAGAAUUUUCGAUUGUUAUCGAUUUUUUCGGUUUUUAGCUUUUUGCCUUUUGAUGAUUACAUUUUUGUAUUUCGAAGCCAUCUUGUAAUAGACUUUUCAUACAUAUGCGAGAUGAUUACUUAUUUGAAAAAAGCUGCCCA